UGGUGCUCGUCUGACCCCGCCGCGGUGGUCGCCGAAGAUGGAGAUCGAGGCCAGCGGCCCGUGCUCGAGGAAGAGGAAGUUCGCGGGACUGGGCUCGCUCGAGGCGGGGGCGGCUCCAGAAGGACCUACGACGGGGGACCAGGACCAGGAGCCGCCGCCGCCGCCGCUGAACGGAGACCGCAUCAGCGAACUCCCCGACGCCGUCCUCGAGGAAAUCGUCUCCCUCCUCCCCACCAAGCAAGGUGCGCGCACCCAGGUCCUUGCCUCCCGGUGGCGCCGCCUCUGGCGCUCCGCCCCUCUCAACCUCGACUUCCGUCCGUACCUAUUCGACAAGGAUGCCCAAGACGUCAUCAUAUCGCGCAUCCUCGCCGUCCACCAGGGUCCCGGCCGCCGCUUCUGCGCGCCCGCGUACCAUCUCCACGGCGACCGAGCCGACGCCUGGCUCCGGUCCCCCGCCCUGGACAACCUCCAGGAGCUUGAGCUGUGCAGCUACACGUUUUACUUACCAUUUCCACCGGCAACGCGGCAGCCACUGCCGGCGGCUGCCUUCCGCUUCUCUGACACCCUCCGCGUUGCCACCAUCGGAGAAUGCCACAUUACCGACAGCACCGUCCAAGCGCUUCACCUCCCCAAGCUUCAGAAGCUCGCGCUUGAACGGGUCAUCAUCUCCGAAACCUCGCUGCACGCCCUCAUUGCUGCUUGCCCUGCUCUGGAGUGCUUGCUGAUUCAUGAUAGCACCGGCUUCCGUUGUGUCCGAAUCAACUCCAGUAGCCUUCGAAGCAUAGGCGUGAGAGGUUUUUGCUAUCAGAGAGGGCUCAAAUGUCUGGAACUUGUUGUUGAGAAUGCCCCUUCUCUAAAAAGCUUGCUCCAACUUGGUUCGUGUGGGUUCCUGCAUAUAUCUGUAAUCUCUGCGCCCAAAUUGGAGACCUUAGGCUACCUUUCUCCUGAUUCUAGCUCCAGACUCGUGUUUGACUCCACAGUUAUUCAGGGAUUCAAAGUUGAUAGCUUUACAACAACGGUGCGCACUGUCAAGAUUUUAGCUGUUGAAAUAUAUGCUCUUAGUCUGGAUGCUGUUGUUGACUUGAUGAGAUGCUUCCCGUCUUUGGAAAAGCUGUACCUUCAGUCAGAUGGACCAGGGAAAACUAACUUGUGGCGUCGUAAACACCAGAAUCUUAUAAGAUCUCUCGACAUCCGUCUGAAGACAGUUGUUUGGCGGUAUUAUCGGGGCAUCAAGUCACAUGUUGACUUUGCCACAUUCUUUCUACUAAAUGCUAGAGUGCUAGAGUUAAUGACCUUUGAGGUUCAUGACAAAGAUUACAAUGAUGCGUUUUUUGCACAACAACGUGAGAUGCUUCAGGUGGAUAGCAGGGCCUCGAGAGGUGCACGGCUUUGUUUCACAUCAGAUUGGUCGUAUCGCUAUAUCUCUUUGGAUCCUAGUGUCCAUGAUUUAGAUCCAGCUGAUCCGUUUGAAAGGACCCAGCCUCUAAAAGCAGAUACCAACUUUAUGCUUUGUGGUAACUGUUAGUAGUUCUCACGUUUGUAGAUUGGUUAAGUUUUUGGAACCUUAUGGCAGUUAAACAUGCUAUUCAUGAUGCUAGUUCUGUUGAAACUAACCUGUGCCGAUGGAGACUUAUUUGAUGAGAAAAUGAAGAUAAGCGUACCCAAAUUGGUGGUUCUGAGUUUUGGUGUCACUACAUUUGGUGUAUGAAACUCGUCAGAUCAAGGUAUUACCCGUGGUGCAACAAGCCCCCUUGCCCAAUUGCAUGACCAAGCAGGUUCCUUGCCCUGUUUCAUUCACCGUCAGCGUCCGUGGAAUGUAUAAUUUGUCUGUCAAUUUUGUUGCCUGCUGAUGAUGUAAUGCCGAGGUUGGAACAUUGUAAACUUGUACGGCAGUGGAGCCAAUUAGUAAACAAAUGUAUUGAUGUUUUUAGGAGUAGGUUGCUGUGCCUCUCCAUCCCUCUGAUUUAUGGUUUCUUAAUGCUGAACCCAAGUUUCUGCAAUGAUCAGCUGCUUUAUGUUGUGGUA